UUGGAAAGGCACAUACCUAAGGUCCCACAGUUGACAGUGCAAAAAUCUAUUUUAAUUCCAGGUUAUAAGGCAACAAAAUAGGGAAAAUGCCAAGGGGGGUGAAUACUUUCGCAAGCCACUGUAAAUGGUUCAGUUCACAUAAACAGUCAUUAUUUUCAGUUUGAGAGAUCAUCCCGGGCUUUGCCCCGUCUGCUGUAGCUGAGAUGUCCCUGGAGGACAUAGAACAACAAGACUAUGAUGUUUCUGACACUGAGAGAGUCAGAGCCUUGUCCCAGUCUCUAGACCUGCCUGUCUGUGUGGUGGAUGACCACCUGACCUCUGAAGCUGUCAAUGAGAUGAAGCAAACCAGCACUGUGGAAACCACAGAAGAAGAGAGCCUCAACAGUGCGAGUUUUUUUCACUGAUUAUCAACUUCCUGCAGAACCUAACUGAGGAGCAAUGGAGUAGGAUUCGUAAUGGCAUUUCUGACCCGCUGACAAAACAACAGCUUGCCGGCUUGUGUCUGAGGAUUGUCCAGUUUUUAUCGGACAAGCUGAUGCAGAUCAUCAUCCCAGGUCUUUACGAACUACUGGGCAUCCAAGAUGCUGCCUCCUCUCCAUUGUCACAGAGAUCUCUCACAGCGUCACUCACCACUCUGUUAGACGAUAAGGUUAACACCAAGUCCCGCGUGAGAUUUACUGAGGCUGGUGUACCUAAGAGGCCAGGCAGUCGAAAGUCUUACAAUAGCUUUCGCAUCCCGACUCCCUACCCUUCCUCCAACUGUAUGGAUCAGGAAGAGGAAGAAGAGCAGGAAUCACAACAACUUAAGUUCAAGGAGAUGUACCUGACUAAGGAGAUGGGCAGUCUGGGCAGUGGAAGCUACUGCCCAAAACCAUUGCCCAAGCCAGCCAUGAGAACCUCUCUGUCUGAUGUGCAGAAGAAGACAACCAACUCUGACUCGCUACAAGUCCUCUUAGGUGUCUCAGAGGACACCCUCGUCACCUGUGUGCAGGACAGCCUGCAAGGUUCUCUCUCCAAACUUGCAUGCAUGUCCAAUUCUCCAUCUGGAAGUGCAGGCUCUCCGAAGAUGACCCCUGCUGUAAUGGCAGAAGUGAUUAAAGAUGUCAAGUCGGCCGUAUCAGUGGUCGUUAAGAGUGCCUCCGCUAGCCAAACCUCUCAAGUGACACCGGUAAGGGGAGACUCACAGACCAAGGUGACUGAGAGCAUGGUGAGAGAGCUGGCUGCUAAACUUGAAAAAGUUGACCAAGAGAGCAAGAGUCUAACAGGGCAAGUCAUGACCAUGAUCUCUGACACAAUGGUGGCUUUUGUUGACGAGAACGAACAGAAUUUGCUGAAAGAUCUGAAGGACAAGAUCACGUUUUUGGCAUCGCAUGUUGGCUUCAUUGACGAUCUUGAUGCCCUGAUAAGGAAAUACGAGAGCAGCUACAACAUUGGUGAAUCUGGUUCUUCCUGCACGCUCACAUCUAAGAGCAUCCAAAAACUCUCCAGCCGGGAGUUUCAAACAUCAGCAAUACAAGCAGUGAGUGGAGUUCUUGCCAAAAAAGUCAGUAGUUUGAGCUUUCCUAGUUCAGUCGUUCAGUCUGAGUUAACAGGUGCUGUAUCAGGUCAAACAUUGUCUGGCAUUGUAAAGACAGAGUCAAUUCACCCAGUGGGCUCAGCAGCGUCAGUAGUUGUUAAGACUUUCGUGUCAGAUAUGAAGUCCUUGGCUGAAUCUGAGAGUCCCCAACAGAAGAGUGCCUGGUCUGCUGCUGUUCACAUUUACCACAGCAUCCAAAACAACUUGAAAGAUUAUUUCGGCAAGCUUCAGCGAUGUGCCUUAAAGAGCAUUGUCACAUCUGAUGAUAACAUCACAAAUGCUGAGUUUAAGGAGACAGUUCCACUUCCUUGCUUAGACAUGAAAUAUAGGCCCAGUAAGAGUGAGCCUCAGUUGCCAGAGUCCACUGGUGAAGUUACUUUACAAAGAGGCCUAAGUGAGAGCUCAAAACUAAUUUGGGCACAAACUGAGUCAGAAGAAAGCAAGCUCCUUCUGACAACUUGCACCAAAGAAGUCAUUUCAGAGCUUCUGGGAUUGUACAACACUGAGAUGUCAAAGGAGGACGCCCUGUACACUGUUGGAGAAAAAGGAUCAGGCUUCUCUAUUGAGAGACAACAAUUUGUAGAGGGUGUUCUGGCUCAGCAUGGGGAAUACUCCCAUUCCAGGGCCUCAUCACCAAUAGUAUCUGAGGUCCCCUCUCAAAUUGAGGACAGCAGAAGUAAGGCCACAGCUUCUUUGACCAGUCUGUUAGAUUGCAUGAAAAAACUCUCAAGUGAGGAAUUCAAGAGAGACACCACUCAAGCAGUGAGUGAGUUCCUAGUUAAAAAGUCCAACAGUAGCUUACCGAGUGCACAGCCUGCUUAUUCUGUAGCAUCCAGGUCUUGUUCCGUUCAAAACCAGAGAACCUUGUCAAAGGAUAUUUGUGCGGAUUCUGCUGCCUUUGGCAUCAUUGACACAUUUGUGGAAGACCUGCAGAGCUCGGCGCAACCUGCAGAAGUAGAGGAGAGAGAACCUGACCUCCAGGAAAAUGCACAAAAGCUACAGAGCAGGAUCUGGUCUGCUACCACUAGUUUAUAUAACAAUAUUCAGAAGACAUUAAAGGGCUUCACCAUUCACCGGCGGAGAUCAGACGUGCAGAGAAGAAUGUCUAGCCAUACACCCACAGAGGACUCUGGACAUCUUGUGACUAAGGAGUACCUUGGUUUGGCAAGCCAGAGCUUGACGCAAGCUAGUAAGAGUGUGCCUCACUUGCCCAGUUUGAACCAGGAAGUGACUCUACACAUGGGUGUCAGAGAGUUCAAAACUUCUCUGGACUGAAACAGAAGAGGGUCUAAUGAACAAUAGUACCAAACAGGUCAUUUCAACAAUCUUGACCUCAUGUGAGGAUCAGACAUCAAAUGCACCUUGCUUCUCCACAGUAGGAAAGAAAAUAUCUGAUAUGUCCCUUGAGGUCAACAUAUUGGUAGGUGGUGUUCUGUCUCAGCUGAAGGACAUCUCCUUGUCAAGGUCCCCAACACCAUGUGAAGACAUGUUUGAACGUCUCCAAGGUUCUCCUGAGCGAACCUCUCCAGUAAGUCUAGAUUGCAGCACGGCUGCCUCCAAAGGCAUUGCAUCUUCCCACAGUCUUUCAACAAAGAGCCUCCAAAAACUUUCUAGUCAUGCGUUCCAAACCAAAGCUGAGAAAGGAGUGAGUGAGGUCCUCUCUAGAUCAUUUAACAUUGUGGAGGAAGGUACAACAGAUAAGUACCUCCAGUCUGUAUAUACAUCCACCACAUCUACUGAUAUUAUACAAACCAUAGUGAAAGAUCUGCAGGAGAUCACCCAGAAAACCCAAUCAUCUGACAUGGUAUCUGGAACCUCCCUGCUCACCACUGGACAGGUUUCUGAGAAAAUAAUCUGGUCUGUUGCUCGUAACAUCUACUACAGUCUGCAAAGUAAGAUUACGGAGUUUCUCAGAAAAGAUCUUCAAAGAUCAGACACAACACUUGGUUCAAUCCAAAUAUUUACAUAUCAAAGCAGUCCUGCUUCACAAAGAGCAAGUCUCUGCCAUCUUGAGGUCAACCAGAGCAGUGUUACACCUGGUGGAAACGAUGCCUGUGUGGACAUUCCGCACAAAUUACUACCUAAAACCACUAAGCUCUCAGGAUCCAUGCUGGAGGAUAUUGGCACGAUCCGUUGUAGGAGUGCUGACAGCCAAAAUACAAGAAAUACCUCUUCUUCACGCUCCUCCACCUCUCUAACACCUACUUCAAAAUCAAAGCAGUCAGAAUGGGACUUCACCUUGCCCGGUACUCCCAUCCCCACUGAAUUAUCUGCUCAGAGUGACUUUCCCAUUGUAAGAAACAUGAUCAUUCAGGACUUGUUUCACACAGAGAACUUACUUCCCCCAACCUUUGUGGACAAAGUCAGACAAGCUGCUGGGGUGGUAGUGGACGAAAUGGUGGAAAGUGUUGAGAACACACAGGAAGAUGGACAGGGUGCUUCUCAUCCUGACAACCUCAGAUCUGCUGUUAGGAAAUUGAGAAAAAUAAUUUCCACUGGGACCAUCCACAUUUUCAGUCAUGAAUUUGUGGAUAAAGUGAUAGCCCUUCAGGACAGCCACAGCACUCCACAGGUCUUAACAUUGGCAGCAGCCAGAAGUGCUUCAGACUCCAUUCUUUCAAGGCUGAAAUGGGGAAAGGAACAAUGUGCCAUAUCCAGGAAGCUCUCCUCUCAGCUUCUCCAGAUAUUUGCUGAAUAGACAGUGAAGGGCUUCCUAAAACAGUGGUUAGAUGAGUAUGAAAAUAUCAACAUUGAUGUUUCAGUCCAGAAUGAACCAAGCACCUCUACUUGCAUGGUCUUUCCUAUCCAGCUCAAUCAGAGCAAGCCAGAGGAUACUGACACAAUGAAUCAGCUCACGAAGGUCAUGGUCAACAAAAUGAUGGAUGCCUUAUCAGUUGGCUCAAGUCAUCAAAUGAUCACCAAAGCCAAUGCCAAAUGUUAUUUUGAGUCCAGUACCAGCAUGGCCACCAGAGACAUUGUAGAAGGGAUGUUGGAUUUGGUAAGGGAUAGCACCAGCAGUACUGGAGAGCAGAUCCCCAUCUUCAAGUCCAAGAAAAGCAAGAAAACCAUGUUCAGCAAGAUAUGCUUUAACAUAAAGUGUUCCAAGAAAGUUAGAAAGGACCACUGUCCUCAAAAGUCUAUGGAGUACCAGCCUCAGAACACUUCCCCUACUGUGUACUUUACAGAGUCGAGGACAAAUUCUCAUGGCUCCUUUGCUCCAGAGGGAAAUGACAUCGCAUAUUUCUUCCCACCUGAAGAGAAGAGUCGCAAACCCUCCCUUUUCACCAGAAUGUAUAGAGCCAUCACUAGAAGCCUCUCCAACCCAAGAUAAUUUUCCUCAUUAAAUGAGAUUGCAUUCAUUUGUUGUCAUAUGUUGACUGUUUUGCUAGCACAGACUGUAAUAUGUUCUGCGAUUCAUCCACAUGCAUUGAGGAGUAUACCACCUCAGUCACAGGCUACAUCAAUAAGUGGAUCGACAACGUCGUGCCCACAGUGACCGUAUGUACAUAUCCCCGACAGAAGCCAUGGAUUACAGGCAACAUCCACACCGCGCUAAAGGCUAGAGCUGCUUCUUUCAAGGAGCGGGACACUAAUCCAGACACUUAUAUGAAAUCCUGCUAUGCCCUCAGACUAACCGUCAAACAGGCAAAGUGGUUGGUUAGGUCAGGGUGUGACUAGGGUGGGCAAUCUAGGUGAUGAUAAGCCAGUGAUAUAGAGACACUAGAAAAGGUUUGUUUUCAGUGGUGCAAAGUACUUAAGUAAAAAUGAUUUAAAUCGUUUUGGGGGUAUCUGUACUUUAACUAUUUAUAUUUUUGACAACUUCAGUACAUUCAUAAAGGACAAAAAUGUACUUUUGACUCCAUCCACUUUCCCUGAUACCCAAAAGUACAUUUUGAAUGCUUUGUAUGACAGGAAAAUGGUCCAAUUCACACACUUAUCAAGAGAACAUCCCCUACCUCUGAUCUGGCAGACUCAAUAAACACAAAUGCUUAGUUUAUAAAUUAUGUCUAAGUGUUGGAGUGUGCCCCUGGCUAUUCUUACAUUCAAAAAAAGCAAUACAAUUGUGUUGUCUGCUUUGCUUAAUUUUUAAAAUUAUUUUUACUUUUGAUACUUGAGAAUAUUUCAAACCAAAUACUUCCCAAGUAGUAUUUUACUGGGCAACUUUCACAUUUACUUGAGUCAUACUGUUUACAACUGACUGAUUGAGGACUUUUUCCACCACUGUUUGUUUUGGACAUUUAUUUUUUAUCAAAUGUAUUUGACAGGGACAAUCUACUGUAUUUCUGUAAAUGUGCCAGAUUUAGCCAGCUGGCUUUGUGAUGUAACAAAGGUAGCUGAUGAUGUAAUGAAAACAGACAGUUAAAUAUGUGUGUGUAGAACUGUUGCACAUUUGCUCUGGAAAUGAGGACCAAACCUACUCGUCAAAAGGAGUGAAUUGCACCUCCAAUUGAAGUCAAUAAUAAGGUAUGGAAUCAUGCCAAUACAGUCAUUAUUUAUAUAGCUCUGUAGCUUGCAGUAUUUUGAAGGAGAUAAGCAAGGGAAAAUGAUGCUUUGGUUAAUAUUUCUCACGUGAAAGGAAACAUGACCAUGCUAACUGAAAAAUGGAUACAUGAAUAUUGGUCAAAUGUACCUACAUCUUCUGAAACUGUGUUGGGCCUACUUGAUAAUUUAAAAAAAAGUCACAUAGACGAUGUCCAUAAAUUAGACAACAAUACUGAACAGUUGUAGCCCGUUGGUGGUGGUAGGCUUCUGGCUGUGAUCUCUGACCACUGUAACAGUGAAUAGUGGCAAUUUACCCGCGGUGUAUAGGCUUGUUUACUAGGCUAACUAGUGCAUUGGGGUGGGCUAUGUGCAGCAUGGGCAUACAGGAAACCACUCUAGCCACUUAACUCACCUUGGCCACGAGCUCUAUAGUUUACAGCUAUUGCAUCACCUACAAAGCAUCAACUGAAUGUUAAAUGUCAGGUAUUUUAAUUGUCUGUAUUGUCUACUUGUUAAAUGUUUGUAAAGUCUUCCUUUGUAAUUGUUUGUAAUGUCUUAUCAAUUGGUGUUGGACCACAGGAAGAUUAGCUAACGUUAUAGCGUUAGCUAAUGGGGACUCUAGUAAAGAUUCACAAGACUGUUCACAGAUUCACAUUGAUCACAGAAUCGGAUUGAUAAUCUUAAUUCGAAGUUUGAGUUUUUUACUGGACAACCAACACUUGACUGAUGGGCUAAUCCAUAGAAAGAAAAUGUGAUCUUGGAUCUUGAACUCCCCUAGCUACAUUUUGACUUAAUGUUCAAUAUUACUAGUCACUCUGUCCUUACGAACAGUAAAUCAUUGGGUCUGACUCUUUUGAUUUAAUGCAAUUUCAUCAUCGAUAGUGAAACAACCACCACAUAAUCGUCAACUCCCCCCUACAAAACAUGAAUUUAUUUGUGGUUUAUCCUCUUUAGCUAUUUGGUAUUAGGUGUGAUCCUGACUUGGAAUGGCCACGAAGUUACACAUUGUUUUAGGAAACAUGAAUUUAUUUGUGGUUUAUCCUCUUUAGCUAUUUGGUAUUAGGUGUGAUCCUGACUUGGAAUGGCCACGAAGUUACACAUUGUUUUAGGUCCAGUUAGUUUGGAAGUUGUGGUAAAUGGGGGAGUGUGAGCGCGUGUCAUGAGAUGCUGCAGGUGUUGAUAUGGGGAUGGAUAGGCUACCACUGCCUUUAAUUACUACGCUCUGCCUGCACCUACCUCAACUGGUACUCUGCUGCCUCGCUGUGGUGAGAGCACUAACACACUGAACAUGAUGGACAAGGAUGCUCCAUAUAGCCAUCCAUCACUGUCCAGGCACAGCCUGGGUGUAUGUAAUACAAUAUGACCAGAUAUGGUUUGAUAUCUCUUCUGAAACUGGGGUGGGGUUAUUGAGUUCAGGGUUGUGUAAUGGUUGCUUCCAUGUCAGUCCUCAAAUAUGAAUUUGCAUAGAAUCGAAUGAAUCACAUCCAAUGAUUUCCCGUUUUGGACAUUGUUUUGAAAAUGAUUCUCCAUAGCUGCCAUACCUUUGAUGUCAUAAACUGUUACAGAAUUCCCCUUCCUUAUUAUAAA